AUGUCAAACUGCUUAAAAAGUCAACGGAGUCCGCGCAGAGAAGUAGGUAAGGCGAAACGACAAGGAUUCUGCGUUCAGGAGUUUCUCGACGGCUCCAAAUACGAGGGGGAGUUUGUGGAUGGCCUCAAACAAGGGAAGGGAAAAUAUACGUGGAAAAAUGGAGAGUUCUAUGAAGGCUCUUUUUACAAAGACUACAGACAUGGUGAUGGAAUGUACUAUUGGCCAUCGGGUAAUAAAUUCUACGGUAAAUUUUACCUGAAUUGGAGAGAAGGCUACGGAAAACACAUUUUCCCUGAUGGAGCCAUAUUUAAGGGUUUGUACCAUGCUGACCAAAGGUUUGGUCCUGGUGUUCUUACUGCGCCAUAUGGAUGUCAGGAUGUGGGUAUUUGGCACGGGAAGCACCUUAUACAACUGUGCAAUACUGUUGAAGGUAGCUUCCGCUUAGAAGAGUUUACAGAAUAUUCUGUCGAUUUGGAGCAAACUACCACUUCAAAUUUGAGUGAGACUCCCCAAACAGUUCUCUCCGAGGGAUACACCAAGACAGAUUCAGGGGCAGACAGAGAUGAUCAUUUGCUGCUCUAUGACGACAAUACUAUUCUUCCCUCUGCUUUUGAAAAUUAUUCUACUGAUAUUGACCACCUACCAUUGCCGCCGCAUGUUAGAAGAGAGUUCGACCAGAAUUUUUUUGGCCAGUUGUGGGAACCUGAUUCCCACCUGGAUGAAGGCUACAAACAAGAUCCAUCCUCUGUCCAGCCUUUACCAGCCAAAAUGUUGGCUCACAUUCACAAACACAGACAACAGGCUAAAACAAUAGACUGGCCUGUCGCAAACGUACUUUCAUGUAAAAGAGACUUUUUUGGGCCAAAAGGACCUUUGGAAAUCGCAUCUGAGCUGCUGAUUCAUCAGGCUUCCAUCGGAGAGCGACAGACUGUUUUACAGAUUCUCCUGGAUGGCUGUGUUCACCCUGACGUGGCAGAUUCUCAAGGGCAUACGGCACUCAUCGCUGCCACAAUUCACUGCCAAAAUGAUGUGAUCAAUCUCUUACUGGAUAUGGGAGCUUAUAUCGACAGGCUGAAUUCUGAGGGCAUGUCAUGUUUGUCAGUGUGUCAUGUCCUGUACUAUCCAAUCAAGUGUUUAUGCACAUUUUCUGCACUUCAAGAAGAAACAGAGGAUAUCAUUGAAAGGCUCCCUGAUGAGGAAUUGACUCUUCCAGAUGAUUAUAACAGAGGUAACGAGGAGAACAUACAAUCUUUGGAAGGCUCCAAUCAGCUGGACAAUGAACUGACCUCAGAACCGUACUUUUCUUCUUCCUGCUCCAUGUACAGCUACGACAUAGAAGUCUCAGAAAAGCUCCUGGAGGUUGCAGCUGAAGCCCUGAGUCACACCGGCUUUCCUCAGCAAUCUGAUACUGAGGAGACCGUUCGCAAAAUGGCAGCAAAAAAAUUCAUGCACCGUUUUCGUUUGUCCACACUGAAUCUGUUAUUGGAUCGGGGCGCUAACCCCAAUAUAUCCAAAGUCCCCUUACCUGUCCUCUUUGUGGCCAUUAUGGCGAGAGACACUGAAACUGUCAGGAGACUUUUACUGAGUGGAGCUCAUACUGAUAUUGCUCUGUCGCUUGAGCGGAAAGGCCAUUAUCCUCUGCAUGUGGCUGCAACUUUGCCAGGCCCAGAAAGUCCCAAAAUCAUAGAAAUGUUGCUGCAUGCUUUGUCUGACCCAGAUGCACGGGCAUCUGACCAGAAUGAGAGCUAUGAACUGGAUAAGGUGUUGUGUAUGAUCUGGUUUGGUCAUAGUUCAAUUGUUGGAAUGAUUAUAUCUAUUUUUUUGCAGGUUUCCAUAAUAAUCAGAAGAUUAUGCAGGGUCCCCUGGGAGCCAAGUCCCAAAGAAGGAGGUCGAACAGCUCUACAUAUUGUUUGCCAACGAGAAACUGAUCACAUGAAUGCAUGCGAAGCAGUAUCGGUCUUGCUCUCUCACAGAGCCAGAACAGACCUCCUCUGGAGUGGACACUCGCCUCUUUCCUUGGCUAUAUCAACUGGCAAUGAAAUGGCGGUGCAGGAGCUAUUAAAAGGAGGUGCAGAUCCAAACAUACCAUUGGGUCUCGGAGUGGGUAAUGCCCUCUGUGCCCUCAGUAACUUCAGCUACAACUUGGAUGACAAAAGAGAAAAACUGCUGGACAUGUUAGAAAAGGCUGGUGCUGACAUGUUGAUGCCGGUUCAAAUUGGUGAUACCAAGGGAACGGCAGUUGACUAUGCACACUUCUCUUUCAACCAAGAUUCGCAUAUUGCCAAAAUACCCUUUCAUAGGCUAAGCAUGGAGGAGAGAGAAACAUUCAAAGCACGUCGCAACCUGCUUACCCUGAUGGGAGAUUUGCUUAGAUGCAAGGCUGUCAAGAGAGAGAAAGAAAUAUUAGAGAGUGAGAAAAAUAGUAGGCGUGAAGCAGCUAGCAGCAAAGUUCCCAUGACAAGGAUACCAUUUCAGUUCUGCUACCAUUGUGGGCGCUCUGCAACUGUGACUCUAACUGCUUGCACUCGCUGCCACCAGGUUCUUUUCUGCUCAACAAAUUGUAAAUUAAAAUCAUGGAAUAAGGGACACAAGGAAGAGUGUAUCCAGGCAGUGGCCGAACAAAUCAAGCUGGAGCAGAAGAAAAUGACCCACUGCUCUAAACCAGAUAAGAGCAAAGAAUGGCCUGCGGGCUUUAUACGACACGAGGGGCUUUUUAAUACGUGUCCGAUUAAAAAGAAAAAAUCAAAAUAA